AUGAUUAAAGUAGCUCACUCACGAUGUACUUUGCCUUUGCUUGAGUGCCCAACAACAAGCGAGAUGAAUUGGUGUCGGAAAUGUCUCCUGCGCGCCCUGGUGAGGGUGCACCACACUGCACACAUGAUCAAGUUCGAGGAGUCAGCGGUCAGCUUGUCGUUGCUUCACCGAUACCUUAUGUCGUAA